CACCAACCUCCCGUGAAAGCCCGCAAGACCAACGUCAUGUUGAUUAUGUUACAUUAACAUCUUGCUUGAGUAGAAAUGUGCAUCCAAACAAUAAUCUCAUAGAUCAUAAGCAUAAUCGAAGUGCGCAAGAUGCGGCGAUCGCUCUUCUGCUGCAGACAGCCGCUCUGCGGCCCCUUUACGAAUCCAAACAGACACGCACGACUACUUCACACAUCGACUGAUAUCCCCUCAAACAUCAAGACAGCAAACAAAUCACAUUCACCAUUAGUGUCUCGCUACACGUCACCUUCGAAGCGCAAUCAGGCUACGUCCACCAAAUCUGGCUUCUAUGAUUCGAAUUCAGCCUUCCAAUGGCAACCAGGCAGUGAACCGGGAAUCGACACUUCUACUGAUGGCGUCGUGUCACACGGCGAAACCUUCCCUUCACAAAUAACAGCAGUCGACUUUAGCGAGGAUCGGAUUGAACAGAACGAACUCGAUAACAACUCCCUGGGUGACUUUCUCAACAAGCCAAGGCCGGAAUGGGCUAACUGUCGCUGGAUCAAUGUCAACGGACUGAGUUGGGAUGUCAUCAAACUCUUGGGCAACCAUAAGAAGCUUCAUCCUCUUGCUAUUGAGGAUUUGAUGCACACUGGAAAUCGUACGAAAGCUGAUUGGUAUCCGGAGCAUGCUUUCAUCAUCAUGACUCUCCAGCGUCUCACAAAACUCUCAUCUCAGAACGGACUCAGCGAUAGGGACAUACAAAAAGCCCUUUCGAGUUCAGAAGCUCGCCAUUCGACUAACGGUCGCAGUGGCAUUACCUGGGGGACCGACAGGACGUUCCAACCACCAGACAACCAGACACACCUACGCAGUCUGCAGUCUUAUCGAGGAGACAGAUCCCCUGAAAGAGUUGCAUACAUGGAGAAGAACUCUAUCCUAACGCGAAAAAGCCUUGGGGUGUCUAUCGAGCAGGUCAGCGUGUUCCUCUGCAGCGAUAACACCGUCGUCUCUUUCUUCGAACACUCCGGUGAUGUGAUCGAAGAGCCCAUCCUCAAGCGCCUGAAUUCACCAGAAACCAUCCUUCGCAGUAGUGGUGAUGCAUCUCUUUUGAUGCACUCGAUCAUCGACGCCAUUACUGAUCUUGCAAUCCCAAUUGUUGCAACCUACGAGAAAGCUAUCGCCGAGUUAGAGAUGGAUGUCUUGACUGACCCAGUGAUCGGGCACUCCAAAGCUCUCUACAUAUUGACCUCCGAGCUGUCGAUGCUGCGAUCACAGAUGCAACCGAUAGCUGGUCUGAUCAACAGUCUGCGUGACCACCACUCUACAGCUCAACUCCUCAAUCGAGCCGCAUCGCCUACCAAUUCCAUGCCCACUCUUGCUCGCCGUGGAUCUGGUCCUGCGAUGACAAAGUCACAGACUCAAUCUUCCGUCACCAUUUCUCCUGCAGCUCACACGUAUCUGGGCGACGUAGAGGAUCACUGUAUCAUGAUCAUCGCAUCGCUCGACCAGAUGCGUACGCAAAGCGAUAAUAUGAUCAGUCUGAUCUUCAACACCAUGGGAGCGUACCAGAACGAAAGCAUGCAACAGUUGACCUUCGUCACAAUCUUAUUCCUACCCUUGACCUUCUUGUCGGGCUACUUUGGCAUGAAUUUUGAAGAAUUUGCGCCGUUGAAGAAUAGCCACAUGUUCUUCUGGUGGCUGGCUCUGCCGAUAACGUUCGGCAUGGUUGUGAUUCUCUUACGACAAAGACUAUUCCGCACAGUGAGAAGAUGGAUGCAUCCAGGUUCGCGCACUCACAGACAUGCCAUGCGUGAGCAACGCAAACGACAAUGAGAUAUCCAAGUCGCACCAAUACCUGUCAAGGCAUGAAUUAGCUUGAUUUUAAAGAUCCAGAAGAAUGUACAAAUAGCACUAUAUUCGGGUAGCGAGUGUGUAAAGUCAUACUCCACUUCUCAACUUCCUCCUUGU